CAGCGCACCUGGCUCGCGCUCCUCCGCUCGCCGUUUCCGGAUGACAUCUACCGCAAGAUCUUGGUUCGAGCGCACGCGGACGUGAUGCCGCACAUGCCGUCGCCCGUGACGCUGUCGGACUUUUUCACCGCGUCCAUCGACCGGGGCGGUCUCGACGGCAUGUUGGCGCUGAACGGCAUAUUCCAUCUGAUGACCAAGCACCAGCUGGAGUACCCCAAAUUCUACGACAGACUCUACGGGUUGCUGGACUCGAGCUGCUUCCGAGCGGCGAACCGGAGGGGUUUCUUCGAGCUUCUGGACGUGUUUCUGAAAUCCCCCGCCCUCCCCGCGUACCUCGCGGGCGCGUUCAUCAAGCGACUGUCGCGUCUCGCGAUCCACGCCCCACCCGCGGGCGCCGUGCUCGCCGUCGCGUACUGUCACAACCUGCUGCGUAGGCACCCUGGAUGCGGCGUGAUGGUGCACAGGGAAAACGGAAAGUGCACGGAAUCGGACCCUUUCGUGGCGGACGAGCCCGACCCGGCGUCGUGCAGGGCGCUGGAGAGCUCCAUCUGGGAGAUGGAGGCGAUGUCCAGGCACUACCACGCGCAGGUGUCCAAGUUUUCCGAAGUGCUGA